AUGUUCGUAGAAGGAAAUCAUGGGUCGCCAGGUCUAAAUGAUAGUGAUAAAAUUCGGUAUAAAAGAUGCCGCUGCACCAGGAUUGAGCAUACUCCACUGUGUAUCACCAUGGGCUUCAGUGUAGUAUUCUUGGCCCUUCUGGCUCUCGGAGCGGCGGUUCCUCAGCUUCCAAAACAACAUGCUGCUGACCAAGGACUUCUUCAAAAGCAACAAGAUGUAAUCUAUCUUCUCGACAACCUCAUCGGCGAAAUUCCCAAUGACCACUUCCGAGCAAUUGGUCAAACCUACGACAUUGAGGCCAACCUCAAGGCUUACGAGAACCCCAGCUUGGUGAAAUACUUCGCCACAGCUGUUAAGACUGGCAAUGUUCAGCCUAAAGGUACCGUAUUCUCUCCAGCGGUUGACCAGCUCCGCCAGGAAGUCAUUCUUCUUACGAGAAUCUUCCUCGGAGCCAAGGACUACUUCACUUUCAUCAGCACUGCUGCCUGGGCUCGUUUCCACUUGAACGAAUGUCAAUUCGUCAAGGCUUUCAUCCUCGCAGUUCUUCAGCGUCCAGACCUCGAAGGUGUUAUUCUCCCACCAACCUACGAAAUCCUUCCCCACUACUACUUCGACUCCAGGGUCAUUCAGGAAGUCCAGAACAUCAAGUCUAAGGGUAUCAAAGCCACUGCUGGUGAGAAAGUUUUCUACGUCCCAAUCAACUUCACUUCCCACUUACCAGCCGGUGAACACAAAAUUGCCUACUUCACCGAAGAUAUUGGACUCAACAACUACUACGAAUACUUGCAACAUGCUGCUUAUAUGCUACCAGAACUCUACCACUCCCACAAAACCUCAUCCGGUGUCUUCGGACCCCACUUCUACGAGAACGACGACCAGAUCGGUUAUGGAGCACGUUGGUACUACCUUCAUCAACAACUCUUGGCUCACUACAACCUCGAACGUCUUACAAAUGGCCUCGGCCCAAUUGACGAUUUGGAAUACAACCACUUUGAGAUCCCAUUCAAACCCCAUCUUAGCUUCGUCAAUGGACUCGAAUUCUCUGGACGCUCCAGCGGUCCCAUUGACGUCACUACCAUCCGUCAAAAUCUAUACAACUACGUCCGCACUUUGGAAAAGAGAGUUUUCGAUGCUAUCGACUCUGGACACGUAAUCACCCCAUCAGGUGCUUUCCUUUCCCUCUACCAACCGCAGGGCUAUAACAUCCUUGGUGAUCUUAUCCAGGGAACCGGCCGAAGCGUCAACCCAAGAUACUAUGGCAGUUUUGUCGAAGCAUCUAAAUUCCUUCUUGGAGGAACUCCCGAAUUCAGCAACGUCUGGGAAUACACUCCAUCUGCCAUGGACAUCUCCAGCACCACUCUCCGUGAUCCAGCCUUCUACGUUCUUUUCAAAUGCAUCUUGGGGCUCUACAAACAUUACCAGGAAUCCCUCCCAGCCUACCAAUACAAUGACGUCGUCUUGCAAGGAGUUCAGGUUCAGAAGGUUGACAUUAGCCAACUGGUGACUUAUUUCCAGGACUACAUUGUAAACCUUGACAACGCUGGAGUAGAAGGCAUCUUCGAGAAGGAACAGAAAGAAACUGUACAUGGAGGUAUGGAUAUUAAGGGUCUUCUUAAGAGGCUCGACCACCAGCCAUACGAAUAUCACAUCUACGCUCAAUCCCAGAAGGCUAUUUCUAAUGCUGUUGUUCGCGUAUACCUUGGGCCCAAAUUCGACCAUGAAGGUCUCCCAAUUGACAUCAACACCAACAGAAUGGACUUUGUUGAACUUGACCAAUUCUUCUAUGACCUGGUUGAGGGACAAAACGUCAUCACCAGAAACUCCCACCAAUCUUCUGUUUACAGCGCUGAUGUUCCAUCAGUUGACGAGAUCCUCAACCAUGUUGAGAGUGCAGCUCAUGCUCAGAGCCCACACUUCGUGUUUGAGCCUCAACAAGUCUAUGGAUUCCCAUCCAGGCUCUCCCUGCCCAAGGGUACAUACGGAGGUUUCCCAUUCCAACUUUUCGUUGUCAUCUCUGCCGGAAGGCAGCCAUUCCACUAUGGACCAAUCUUGCCAGACUAUGUCAACUCUUACCAUAGCCACUCUUACCAACCCGUCAGCGCUGCAGAAUAUGAAAUGAUUGUUCAACAGCCAGCCAAGGCCGGAGAAGGGUACACCAUGGUCGAAGUUAUCCCAGAUUUUGAAGAAUUAGGUGUUGGCAGCAACCAAGGUAAAUUCCAUUGGACCGACCUCUACAACAAAUACCACGGAUACUACGCGCAACCCCAAUGGUACCACCGCCAGGCUGAAUAUUCAGGAUACCACUACUCUACAGUCAGCGGACAACGUGGAAUGGCUGGGAAAGCAGUUGCUGAAGAACACGGAUCAGGAGUUUCCCAGGAUCAGGGUGUUCACCAUGGACAUUCUGAGGGCAUUGGUGAAGGUUACGAAUCUGGUAAAUAUCAGAGCAUUUACCAAAGCCACAGCGGAGAAGGAGUAUAUGGACAAAGACAAGGUGUUUAUGGACAAGGACAAGGAGUUUACGGACAAGGAGUUUACGGACAAGGAAAGGGAGUUCAUGGACAAGGGUUCUACGGACAGGGUUACGGAAAGCAACAAGGAGUUUAUUCCGGAGUUUACUCCUCUGGAGUCUAUGGAUACGUUUCUGGCAUCCAGACCCAGGCACCUCAUGAUGAACUUCUCCAGAAAUAUCACCAGGGACUCCACAUUUCCGAAUUAAUUGGAGGUGCCAUCUCUCUCGAUGGAAAGCCCUUAGGUUGGCCCUUCGACAGACAGUUGGGCGUUAGCGUAUGGAACGCACCCAACAUUUUCGUAUCCGAUGUUUACAUCUACCACCACGAUGUCCCAGUCACGCAUGUCGUCGAAAGUCAUCAUUAGAACUGUUAGGCAAUUCCUGAACAAUCAACUCGAAUAAUUUUAUUCUUGUUUGUAAUUAAAUACUUUGUUAUUUAACAUGAUUAAAAUCUAUUUUGGUUGAACA